AUGAAAUUCCUCCAAAAAGUUGAGCAGAGAAACUAGACAAGGAAAAUGGAAAACUUGAAAUGCUUGUUGCAUUGAUUUCAGAAGAUGAAAACAGAGCAUCGACAACCAAAAGUUUGAUGGUUUUUCCCAAAUUCCAUUUCCUCUGAUCAAAUUUUGUUCUAAUCAUCUUUUCCUGUUGUUGUUGGUGGAAGAAUGCUAGGGUUUUUGAGAUCAUGCCCAGAUCUUGAUAGCUUUUGAUCCUCUGGAGUGCUUUUUCAAUCAGGGGAAGCUGAGGAAAGGAGAGGCAGGGAGAAAAGUGAAUAUUCAUUAUCCCUUUACUUGUUAGAGUGGUUUGGAACGAAACCUCGUAAAUUCAUUUUGAAUUUUGGAAAUUCUUGGGUGCUUUUUGAUUUUUAUUUGCUUUGGCGAUAUGGAUGCCUGAAUAUAAAUGAGCAAUGGUAAAGCGGGCAUUUGUUUUAGUUGAUUGAUUUCUUUAGGUUGGGCUUUACAAGGUUGGAAGUUUGAACUGGGUUUGAUCCUGUUGGAACUAGGAAGUGGAGCAUUUCUUAAAUAAAGGUGGACGUGAUUUCCUAAUGAUAUUGUGUCAUCACUGGAUUUGAAUCUCGGGAUUGUAAAAUUUGGUGAAAUUCUGUCUUUCUUGGUGGGCUGAGAUGUCCUUCUGACAUAUUGAUGGUGCAUUAGCUUUGAAGUAUUUGUGUUAAUGUUGAGUUAUUGAGUGCAUGAGAAGGAGGUUUUUCCACUUCAGUUAUGAUCAAACAGAUACUUAAUAGGCUCCCAAGGAAGCCAUCUAAGUCAGGUGACGCUCGUGAUGGUGGGGCAGGAUCUACUGCUUCCCCAAAUUCAUCUAACAGUUCAAGAAACAGUGAUUUAGCUAGCAACCGGAAUGUAAAUUUGAAUGACACAUCUUUUUCAGCUCUUCAUCCCGCUCCAAAUUCAGGUCUGAAUUAUGGCACCAAGGUGUCCCAGCCUGUAAAUUCAAAGCUGAAUGGCAAUCUAGUGGCUUCUUUUGAGGCAUUGCCAAGUCUUAGGGAUGUUCCAAAUUCUGAGAAGCAGAACUUAUUUAUCAGAAAACUGAGCUCAUGUUGCAUUCUAUUUGAUUUCACUGACCCAACGAAGAACAUCAAAGAAAAGGACAUCAAACGGCAGACUCUGGUGGAACUGCUGGAUUAUGUUUCUACUGCCAAUGGGAAAUUUCCGGAAAUUGUUAUGCAAGGAAUUGUAAAGAUGGCUUCCGUAAAUUUGUUUAGGGCUUUGACCUCUCCACCCCGGGAAAACAGAGUUUUAGAAGGAUUUGACUUGGAAGAGGAGGAGCCCUCUAUGGAUCCUGCAUGGCUCCAUUUGCAAACUGUUUAUGAUAUUCUUUUGAGGUUUGUGUCAUCACCCGAGACAGAUGCAAAAUUGGCCAAGCGGUACAUUGAUCACUCUUUUGUUCUAAGGUUGUUAGACCUUUUUGAUUCGGAGGACCCCAGAGAAAGGGAGUACUUGAAAAUGGUUCUGCACCGAACCUAUGGAAAAUUUAUGGUCCAUCGUCCAUUUAUCAGGAAAGCAAUCAACAAUAUCUUCUACCGCUUUAUUUUUGAAACUGAGAAGCACAAUGGGAUUGCAGAGCUAUUGGAAAUCUUGGGAAGCAUAAUCAAUGGAUUUGCCUUGCCACUGAAGGAAGAGCAUAAGCUCUUUCUUGUUCGUGCUUUGAUACCACUUCACAAACCCAAAUGCUUAACCAUGUAUCAUCAGCAGUUGUCUUACUGCAUUGCUCAAUUUGUGGAAAAGGACUGCAAACUUGCUGAUACUGUUAUACGGGGCAUGUUAAAAUAUUGGCCAAUUACAAAUAGUUCAAAAGAGGUCAUGUUCUUGGGUGAAAUGGAAGAAGUUUUAGAAGCUACACAACCUGCAGAAUUUCAACGUUGCAUGGUACCUUUGUUUCGUCAAAUAGGUCGCUGCUUGAGUAGUUCACAUUUUCAGGUAGCAGAGAGGGCUUUGUACUUGUGGAACAAUCAUCACAUUGAAAACCUAAUCAAACAGAAUCGCAGAGUUAUACUUCCACUUAUCUUCCCUGCCCUGGAACAGAAUGCCAGAAACCACUGGAAUCAGGUAGUUCAGAGCUUGACACUAAAUGUCCGCAAGAUCUUUUCUGAUAUUGACCCCGAGCUCUUUGAGGAGUGCUUGCAAAAGUUUCAAGAGGACGAAGCACGAGAGAAGGAGAUGAAAGUAAAACGUGAAGCCACGUGGAGACGCUUAGAAGAGAUUGCUGCAAUGAAAAUGGCAAGUAAUGAACCUGUGCUUGUCUCCCCAACAACUACUCGGAAGCCAUCCCGUUAGGACUACAGUUCUUUGCAUUGUAGCUGCUGCAGUUUCAGUUCAAGCUCACUACCCAAUGUAGGUGGAUGGGGUGAUUUUGGAAAGUAGAUGGUCUACCCGAGUUUUUUCUUGCACUGGGUUUUUAGUUCCUAGAUUCAGAUGCAACAAGAGUCAAGAUGCAAGGGUCCAGGUAAACUGUAGCACUUUCUGCUUGAACAUUUGCAGAAUGUAUAUACUGGAUUCGAGGACAAAACUGGGAGUGCUGCCAAGGUUCGAAGAGAGUGUCUUCUUAAAGUAGACCUCUUUUCCCCUCAUAUCCAGAAUGGGGACAAAGUAAACCUGAAUUUCAACAUCUUAUCUGUUCAGACUGUUCUUAUAUUUCUAAUUUGGAUUAAUGUAAGUGCUUUUCAAUGUUGAAUGAUUUAUGUUUAUUGCAUUACAUCAUUCUA